UGCAGAUUUGAUGUCGAGCGCAGUGACAUAAUCACCAUCCAAUUGGAAGACUCUCGAAUAUCAUCUCCAUGUCCGGAGUCUUUGACGACUGCUUCUCCUCUGCAUUUUCUGUCUAUAACUACGCGAUCUGCUAGUCUGUUUCUACCACCACUACUCACACUCACAAUCGCAGCUUUUUGUAACCUUAGAAACUUUGUUCAAAUCUGAUCAACCUUCAAUGGCGGAUGAGGUGGUGUUGCUGGAUUUCUGGCCAAGCCCAUUUGGGAUGAGACUGAGGAUUGCUCUGGCUGAGAAGGGCAUUGUGUAUGAGUACAAAGAUGAGGAUAUUUGGAACAAGAGCCCACUGUUGCUGCAGAUGAACCCGGUUCACAAGAAGAUCCCGGUUCUCAUUCACAAUGGAAAGCCCGUCUGUGAGUCCCUCAUUGCGCUUCAGUACAUUGAUGAGGUUUGGAAUGAUAAGGCUCCGCUCUUGCCCUCCGACUCUUACCUCAGAGCCCAGGCCAGGUUCUGGGCUGACUUCGUCGACAAGAAGAUAUAUGAGAUUGGGAGGAAGCUGUGGACAACCAAAGGAGAAGAACAGGAUGCAGUAAAAAAAGAAUUUCUCGACUGCAUUGGCGUGUUAGAAAGAGAGCUUGGAGACAAGCCUUUCUUUGGGGGGAAUACCCUCGGAUUCGUGGACGUGGCGCUUAUUCCAUACUAUAGCUGGUUUCUUGUGUAUGAGAAAUUUGGCAACUUUAGUGUUGAGGCAGAGCACCCAGAAUUUAUUGCCUGGGUUAAGAGGUGCAUGGAGAAGAAGAGCGUGUCCAAGUCGCUUCCCGAGCAGGAAAAGGUCUACGAUUUUGUUAUGCUUGUAAGGAAAAAGCAUGGAAUUUAGUAGAUUUUGGUGGAAGCCUGCAAGAAGCAAUUGAUGAUCAAUGUCAUUCCAUCUUGUUCGGUCGUAUGGUUGUUCUGUCUUUCAAGAUUCAACUUGUUUUGGGUUGUUGAAUAAGAAUAAAAGGGCACUUGACCAAGCCUUGUACUGUACGAGGCACUUUAUUGUGCCUCUGGUCGUACGUUUAUUUUGCUUUUGUCGUCAAGUUAUCACACUUGUCAACUUGUUAUGUAAGGGAUCUAAAUCUACUUUAUCAAAUUUCUUAUUUUGCAAGCAC